UUCUCUUUCUCUCCAGUCUCCACCCGCCUCUUUAUAAUAAAUCGGGUCAAUAAACAAACCAGAAGUGGAGGCCUUCAAUUCCUGGUAGAGUCCAUUCGCGCUCUGUAAUCUUCCAAAUCGCAAAGCCAAUCGAAUCACAAGGCUGUAGGAGGGCUUGCCAUAUGGAUUCUAAUUCUAAAUCAGUUGCUGAUUUGAUAGAAGCUUCAUCGGGCACCCAUUAUUCUGGAUUUCACUUGGGUGGAUUAAAGUCAGGAAAGACACAGGUGGAGCAACCAACAACAUCGUCGCCGGAACAUUUCCAUACGCAACCUUUUGUCAUUGGAGUUGCUGGGGGAGCAGCAUCAGGAAAGACAACAGUUUGUGAUAUGAUUGUUGAGCAGCUUCGUGAUCAGCGUGUUGUACUUGUUAACCAGGAUUCAUUUUAUCACAGUUUGACUCCGGAAGAACUUACAAGAGUUCAUGAAUACAAUUUUGACCAUCCUGAUGCAUUUGACACCGAGCAAUUGUUGUGUGCUAUGGAAAAGCUGAAACAUGGGCAAGCAGUGGAUAUUCCAAAUUAUGAUCUGAAGACUUACAAAAAGGAUGUCUUCCCAGCGCGAAGGGUUAAUCCUUCAGAUGUGAUAAUUUUGGAAGGCAUACUCAUUUUCCAUGAUCCCCAUGUGCGAGACCUGAUGAAUAUGAAAAUUUUUGUUGAUACAGAUGCUGAUGUCCGCCUGGCAAGAAGAAUAAGGCGUGACACGGUUGAAAAGGGUAGAGAUAUCAAUAUGGUACUUGAUCAGUAUUCAAAAUUUGUGAAGCCUGCAUUUGAUGAUUUUAUACUUCCAACAAAGAAGUAUGCAGAUAUUAUCAUUCCACGUGGAGGAGACAAUCAUGUUGCCAUUGAUUUGAUUGUCCAACAUAUCCACACAAAAUUGGGUCAACAUGAUCUUUGUAAAAUAUAUCCUAAUCUUUAUGUCAUUCAGUCAACUUUUCAGAUUCGGGGGAUGCAUACUCUCAUACGUGAUGCUCAAACAACAAAACAUGAUUUUAUUUUUUAUGCUGAUCGGUUGAUUCGUUUGGUUGUCGAACAUGGCCUGGGACAUCUACCAUUUACAGAAAAGCAGGUGAUUACUCCCACUGGUUCUGUGUAUAUUGGUGUGGAUUUCUGUAAGAGGUUAUGUGGUGUUUCCGUAAUUAGAAGUGGUGAGAGUAUGGAGAAUGCUUUGCGGGCGUGUUGUAAAGGUAUUAAGAUUGGGAAGAUUCUAAUUCAUAGAGAAGGUGACAAUGGACAACAGCUGAUAUAUGAAAAACUGCCGGAGGACAUCUCACAGAGGCAUGUGCUACUGUUGGAUCCUAUCUUAGGCACAGGGAACUCGGCUGUUCAAGCUAUAUCACUGCUAAUAAAGAAGGGUGUUCCAGAGUCCAAUAUCAUCUUCCUUAAUCUGAUAUCUGCGCCUCAAGGAGUUCAUGUGGUUUGCAAACGCUUCCCACGACUAAAGAUCGUCACGUCUGAGAUUGAAACUGGCUUGAACAAAGAUUUUCGUGUAAUACCCGGGAUGGGCGAGUUUGGAGAUCGAUAUUUCGGCACGGAUGACGACGAUGACCAGGAGCAACAGGCAGUUGCACGGCAGUAAUUUUGGGAGAAGAGUUUAUUUUUAUUUUUUAUUGUUUUUGUUUUUGUUUUUGUUUAUUAUCCAUAUCACCCUCCCCGCCAUUUCCCAACGGGCAUCAACAGAGUCUGUGGGUAAUGAAUGAGGUGAGGCUGUUUUAACCCAAUAAUGUGUUUUGAGCACCAGACAUGACAUUUUUCAGUUUUACCAAUACAAACAAGGCCAGUGAUCAAGGAGGACUCCGCAUGUAAGAUUUUGACGGACAUAUAUAGAUUGCAGUAUUCCGUGGGGUUGGUGGGGGUA